AGAAGAGAAACAGUAUAAGUAUACAGCAGAAGUAAGUAAGCGCAGCGUCGAUCCUCGACGUAGCCACGCGAGCGAGAGAUUUGGCGUGUGCCGCGGUGCGCGCCGCUGUCACGCUUCACGCACCGGCGAUGCCUGUCCCUUCCUCUUCCACAUCUAGCCGCUGCACACUCGUCGUCCUGGAAAAACAGCGUCGAGAGCUCUCUCUCUCUUUCAGUCCGUCGCGAUGUUUCUUCGCCGCGCGUCGACUUGUUCCUAGGUAACGGAGAAGCUUGAUAAGAGCUAGGGUGCAUUUCGAGCGUACACGCCGGCCUCGCGAGGGUGGAAUGCAUUGAGAGCUGCAGUCGUGUUGCUGAUGCUUGCUGACGAGCGCGAGUUCAAGGGCGAGAAAUGAAGAUCCUGGGAAUUGUCCUGCUGCUGGUCGUCGGUGCCCAGGGAAGCUUGGCUCGGUAUCUUGAGGGUUUGAACGUGAACCUGGGAGAGGCGCUUCAAUUCCUCAGGGAAUAUGAUCGGGAGGCUUCCUCGGUGUGCAACAGAGUUAUGACGGCGCAAUGGAAUUUCGCUACAAAUAUUACCGAUUCAAAUCGAAGGAAAAUGCUGGAGGAGCAGACGGUAAAACUGAAAUUCGAGAGAGCGUCUUGGCGAAAAACUGUGAGCUUUGCUUGGAACCGAAUAGCCGAUCCACUGGCAAGAAGACAACUGAAAAUUAUCGCCGUCAAAGGACGGAAUUCACUGACCGAUGACAAGUUCAACGAAAUGCAUCAUUUAAUCAUGGAGAUGAAGGAAUUAUACAACCGAGUGAGAUUAUGUCCAUACAGAAAAAUAGGAGCUACUUGUGACUUGACAUUCGAUGCAGACGUCAUGAGGAUAAUGUCGCAAUCACGAGACUACGAUGAGCUGCUGCACUACUGGCAGGCUUGGCACGAGGCCGUCGGGCCACCUUUGAAGAACAAGUACGUAAGAUACGUCCAGUUGGCAAAUCAGGCCGCGAAACUCAAUGGAUUUGCCGACGCAGGUGACCAGAUGCGCGAGAUUUACGAAGACGACUAUUUCCAGCAGAACAUCGCCGAGGUCAUCUCCGCGAUCACACCCCUUUACAAACACUUGUUCACUUAUGUGAGAAGCCGAUUAAUCGAGCGUUACGGCGACAGGAUUCGCAACGAUGGACCACUACCAGCCCACAUAUUAGGCAACAUGUGGGCCCAAAAUUGGGAGAAUCUCUUUGACCUGGUGCAACCAUUCCCAGCAGUCAAAAAGCUGGAUGUCACUUUGGACAUGAUGAUUCAGGGAUUCACGUCGCUUAGAAUUUUUCAAAUGGCCGAGGAAUUUUUCACGUCGAUGGGAAUGAAGCCUAUGCCACCGGAGUUCUGGAGAUCGUCGAUGUUCGAGAAGCCAAUCGACAGAGAAGUCAAGUGCAGCUCAAGUGCCUGGGACUUUUGCAAUAAAAUUGAUUACAGAAUCAAGCAGUGCACCAAAAUAACAACAGAUGAUUUAGUGUCGACUCAUCAUGAGAUGGCUCACGUGCAGUACUACUUGCAGUACAAGGAUCAGCCCUAUAUCUUUCGAGGCGAAGCCCUGCCUGGAUUUCACGAGGCAGUAAGCAAUGCCAUAGGCCUAUCAGUUUUCACCCCUCAACACUUGCACAGAAUCGGCCUCUACAAUAACGCCACUGACGAUUACGAAAGCAACAUAAACUUUUUGAUGCUCAUGGCUUUGCAGAAAGUCGCAUACUUGCCAUUCGCGUACAUAGUAGAUCAGUGGAGGUGGCGCGUAUUCAGUGAUGGCGUGACGGAUAUGACGACGCGAUGGUGGGAGCUGAGAUUGCAGUAUCAGGGCAUAGUACCGCCUAUCCCGCGAACGGAAAGAGACUUCGACCCGGCAUCCAAGUAUCACGUUCCAGCGGAUCUUCCUUAUUCAAAUUAUUUCGUGUCAGUAAUACUACAAUUCCAGUUAUUCGAAUCGCUAUGUGAUAUAUCCGGUCACACAGGUGAUUUGCACACUUGCGAUCUCUAUCGAUCACGAGAAGCCGGGCGUUUACUUUCAGACGUAUUGUCCGUGGGUUCGUCGAUGCCCUGGCCGGACAUAAUCAGGCUGAUGACUCGAGGUCGCACCAAUAGAAUAGACGCCGGUGCCAUGCUGCGAUACUUCCAACCUCUGACCCAAUUCCUCAGGCGACAGAACCAGAUCGAGCCGGUGAUCGGCUGGGUCAUCAGUCAAGAAGAUACAGCCUUGUUCGCCCACUGGUACCUAGGCAGUGCGAACACCAUCGCCUCCUCCGUAACAAUUCUACCAACUGUGUUACUUGUCUGCUUCCACUGGCUACAGCUCUGAAGAGUACGAGAAGAGCGAAGCUGCUUUGUAUAUAAGACUAAUUUAUUUUGUGUAAAUAGACGCGCUGUACAAAUAACCUGAUGAAGCUACUGCAGAUCAACAUGGAAAGCCCUCGUUCUUCUUGUAACAGUCAAGCUUCGAGAGCUCCGAGGAACUGUACUCGCGACCCACCUGAUUGCCGUAAUUGUCGACGCAGAAGCACUGUUUUCUCCGACACUGCCAGGCUUCGAAGUUUCCGUUUGGACAGCAGGUCGGCAAUUCGACGACUCCUGCGUUGGAAAGCACUAAGCGAGUUCUUGCGCAAUCUGAAACAUAAUUGCAAUUUGUGAUUAUUUACAUGCAUCCAUUUGUUAAACGAUAUUCUGUAAGAAUUUAGCUUACUGCAGUCGAUAGUUUUGUCCGCGAUGUCAGCUUCAUAACUGUCAAUUUGUCUGCCAUCCAUAUCGGUGCACACUUUUCUAUGAUUAAAUUAACAAACGAUUAAUCUAUGUGAUUCGUUAUAUUAUUUUAAGUGUAGAUUAAGUAUAUAAAAUGCGUAGUUACUUCGAUCCAGCUAUUUGUAUUCUAUCGUACUUCCCAUCGGGCUGACAAAAAGGCUCGUUGAUUCUGAGCAAACCAGUUUUCGCAUUCUCUUCAUCUUCCUUGUAACUCAAGUAAACUUCACGUUCGAUCUCACAAGACGUGCUGUAAGUACCGGGUCUAUGCCUUGAUGAAUCAACUGUGAAUAUUUGAAAAACUAUUUGUUAGAAUAUAGUACUUUCAGCUAUAUAUAGCUUGUAUGAUUUAUUGCAAUACUCACAGCAGACUGGCAUAUUCACGUUGAUAUAUUCUUCGAAAACGAUGUCGGUAUUCGAUAUCGGUGAGCCCAAUUGAGAAUCGACGCAAAAGCAAGUCGAGUUUUCGCCCUUCACGCACUGUAGUUGAUCGAAUGUUCCGAUUUCCGUACAACGAGCUACACUAAUUUCGUGUUUUGGGUCUAACGUGUUCAGUGCUUUCCAUGCGUUUAUCGAACAGCCUGACGAUUGAAGAUUAAUGUUAAUAAUACUUAUUAAUUUACACAGUUUGAGAUAUUAUAACGAAUACUACAAAAUAAUAGGCUAAGCUGAUUGUUCUAAUUUUAACAUUAUUAACUCGUAACAAUUUCAUAAAUGUUGUAAUUGAUGAUUUUGUAAGUUUUAUUAACUUGAUUGACGUGGAAAAUAAGACGUCUGUAAUAUUUUUAUAUUUGUAUGUUGCUGCAAUAAAUUUACAUCAAA